ACAUCGUCGACUUCGGUCCGUUUUUAACACGAGGGCCGCCUGCCUGGCAACCGCUGAUCGAACCCGCGAGGGUCGUGUUUCAUCGAUUUGUUGAAUUUUGAGCAGCAUCUGACGUAAUUUGCGCGACGCGGCUCGCAGUUUGGAUUUGUUGAUUCGUUUUAAAAUUCGAUUGAAAACCAGUGCUUUGAUUUCCCAAGCGCAAAGCGUACGCGUGCAGUCGGUGCAACAAGUGAAAGGGGGAGUUGCAUGCGCUUGUGUGGGAGCCUAAAUUGAGCUGUGUAUUGAGGUGAGAAGGUGAACCAAUCCAGUUUCGCAUGCAUACUGUUGCUGCAAUGAAUCGGUUAUUCUGAAGCCUGAUAUCCAUGAGCUAGCUCUGCGCUGUUUUUUGUGUGUAAAGAUCAAGGGAUAAAAUCGGUUAUUGGUCGCAAUUCACUGAUCGUGUGACAUUGGAAACGAAUAAAAAAACAUAACAAUCACUCGUGAAAAGUAGGAAAAAUGGAGGUCGCCUGGAGAUUCAGAAUUAUAUUUGCAAUGGCGUUUGGCGUCAUAAUAUUCGGCGAUCUGCUCGGCUACGGAGGUGCCAAGAAGGAUCAGAAAGACAAAACUAUGCUCUCCGGGUUUUCGGCAGGCUUCGCAAGCAGCAGUGGCCAGAGUUCGGUGGAUGCUGACAGCAGAUCAAGCAGUGAGAAUGAAAUCAGCACCGCGGAAAGUGAAAUCGCCGCUGUCCGGCGUCCGUUCGGUGCAGCCGGUGGUGUACUGAAUUCUGCCCAGUUCGAUUCGGUCGCACACAAAGAACGGCUGAAGAAUUCACUGCGCGAGGCCUGCCUGCCCAAGUUGCUGUGCGAAAUGGCCGCCAAGCCCAACUAUUCGCUGAACAUGCGCGAGCGGGACCUUCUCUCGCUGAUACGUUCAACCACGUUAUCGCUGACGAUGGCGGUCAGCCCGACCAAGUGGCACUUUGCAGCGCACAUGGGUCAGCUUCUGCGGGACGCAGGCGACAGCUUGAUAACUCCGAUGGGCUGCUCGCACCUGUGGCCCAGCUGUCCGUACAGUUCGAAGAAGCUGCUGAAGCUUACCAACGUGGUACAGCUGAAAUAAAGCGACACCCCAUCAUACCAGGAGAAAAGAUGACCCAGGUGCAUUUCCCCGUGCCCGAAAGGAUGGAGAUGCAGAAAAAAACGCAGCCCUCGAAAGGCUGGAAAGCCUCCGUGUAGUAGUGACUAUAAUGCAAACUGUAAAUAUUUAGCACACCUUCCAUCGAUAUGAAGCGGAAAAUUUUCGCUAAUUUAUGCCGCUUGAGUCAGAAUUGCUCAUGAACUGAAUGCGAUGACAAGCGGCGAUAUGUAGAAUUAUUGUUGUGAACAGAAUCGAACAUAUGCGAUUUGUAAAUAUCAACGAUUAGCAGUAAGUUCGUACGAAAUACUCGCACGUACCAGCUAUGCAAACGUGCAGCAUAAUAAUCCAGUUCGUGCGAAAUCGAUAGUUCAAAUGCGAAAAAAAAAGAAUGUGAUUUUAAGCUAAUUGAGAAUACAUAUAGCUGUUAAUGCUGAAUCUGUUUAGUUGUAAGGAGCAAAUAAUUAUGUAGAUUUGGAAUAAUUAUACGUUGUAAAUAAUGUUUCAAAUUAGCUUAGUGUCUUGACUUUCAUUAUAAGCAUCAUAUUUUUAUUGAUAUGAUAUUUUAUAUUACCCCUCAAAGUCAACCACAUUUGAAUUCAAACUAACAUAUCAUAAAACUAUUGAGAAUUGCUCAUAUCCUGUUACAUAACUAGUUAAAAUAUUUCCACCUGAGGCAGGAGCCUAGAGUUAACCUAUAGAAAACUAAAAACAAUACCUUAUAUUCCAUUCUUAUAAUAUCAACAUUUAUUACCCGCGAAAAGCCCGCGAAAUUGUCGAUGUUCCAGUAAAUUAUUUCUUUACUUGGCAACAGCGAGGUAUUAAAUCAUUUCGAAACCAGCAAAUAAAACUGAUUAUAUUCACGUAAAAAGAUUGUGCUUGAAAAAAAUGCAGCACUUUCUUCUGUGAAUAACUUUUUAUUGCAUAGGUAAAAUAGAUGGAGUUUCGGGUGAAACUAGUUUAGGGUGUCAUGUUUACAUGUGCAAAAUUUUGUCACAAUCUGUCAAGUAGUUAUGGAUAUGGCUUCCAAACAAGAAGUGCUUCGACAAAAAGGCAAGUUUCUCCUGGAUGUUCCGGAGAAGUUUCGGAAGAAGAAGGUCGACAAAUUUGCCAAGAAAUACUUGGUGUGACAGGCAAUUUGUGGGUGCAACAAACUCCUGCUUCCCGUCUUAUGAAGGUGACGCUAUUUUGGCCAGACUGGUGUUUAGACCCAUAUACAUAUUUUUUGCCAAAGGAGGCAAAUUCGCCAAACUCGCCAGAAAUUUGUCCAAUAGAAAAAUUUUGGGCAAUUGUGAAAGGCAAGCUCCAGGAAACAAAGGUAAAACCAACAGAAUUUGAAGAAAGAGUGGAUGAAAUUUUGUAAGAAAAAUAGCGCAAGAGUUGCACAGGAUUUGCUGGGUAGUGUUUAAUCCAAGGUGCGGUCAUUUAACGUAGAAGAGAAGGUUGAAUUACAAAAACGAAGUCAAUUUUUAUUUAUUUUUCCCUGAGAGUUUUAAAAAUAUCCGAAGUUAAAUGAAUUAGAAUAAUCGCUCCAUUAUUCAUCUCAACAGGUUGGUACAACUAUAUUCAUCUUAUUUCUCUCAUUUGUCCAAUUUACCGUCAAAUUUCUACAAAUUUUUGCUUCUCGAUUUUCUCAAGUGGCUAAAAGUUUUACGUUGGAAAUAUGGUAAAAUUUGACGAUAAAUUGACCAAAAAGGCGUGAUGAGAUGAAUAUACGUACUGAGAUGAAUAUGGGAGCGGUUCCCCUAUGAUCAUUUUUGACUGUUGCAAAUCGUGAAAUCGCUAAAGGUGACUGUUAUUUCAAUGGACCAGAAAACGAGUUGCGGUGAAACUUACGACCAGAAGCUGAGGUUAAGGGUAUUAUUCAAUC